AUGCAACAAUUAAAUAAACGUAUUGAUCAACUCAAAGACAAUUAUUCAUCUUUAUUACUCAAUGGUAACUAUGAUAAACACAAACAAUUUAAGAAUAUUCCCUUGUUAAAACUUAAAACAAACAUUCGUCGUGAUAGUUUCAAACAAUCCAAUGAAAUCGGUAGUCAAGUUUGUUUUAUUGAUGUCAAAGUUGAAUUUCCGAAAAAAUACCCUAGAGAACAAUUUACUUCUGUUUACCUUCUAACUCAUUCUUGCCCACCAACUAUGAUCAAUCCAAAUUAUAUUUAUAUUUCUUCAAAUCAACUGAACAAUCAUGAUAUUAAUUUAAAGAAUCAUACGAUUCCGUACAUAUAUUCCUGCACGUUGACAUGUAGCGGGAUUAUGAACAAUGAUAACGAUGAUGACAUUGGACAAAAUGUAAGAACUCCAUUACACAGUAAUCAACCUCCAUUAGAUACGAUUGUGAUUUUAAUGCUUUACUAUACUUUUUCACAAGUGAACUCCAACAAUAAUAUUUCAUCAUCCCCUUUAAAUCAUUCUACUACAAAGUGUAUAAAAAAGUGCAUAAAAAUCCCAUUAUGCUUAUUUACAUCGAGUACCAUUGUAAGUAAAGAUGAAAUUGAAGGAAAAUUCGCGUUAACUUUUCGAUUAUUAUCAAGGUUGAAUAAUUUAAAAGAUAAUUUACAUUUAUCAAAUUUAUUUCCAAAUUUAUGGCCUCAGAAUUAUACUACUGGUUUAAAUGAUAGUAGUAUAAGUAAUAAACAACAAGAUUCGACAAUUUGCGUAUCAUUUUGCAAAUCAAAAGGAAUAGUGGAACGUAGUGUUCAAUGCAUAUACAUUUCAAUAAAAUUACAGAAAUGUCAGCUUAAGCUAAAAAGUAAUUAUCCUGAAACUUUCUGGCCAAUUUUACAAGAACUUGUUUUCUACAAUAAUCUUAUAACCGAACUUAAAAAAGGCAACAUUAAUAAUAAUAAUGCUUUCUUGGUGAUAACCAUCUCCACAUGGUAUUAUGCAAGAAUAAGGAGGUAA